UCACAGGUUCACCUACCUGGCACUGUGUGACCGUAAAAAAAGUUUAUCUUUACGAAUUAGCAGUUUCUUUGCAAGUAUUUUUUUUCGCCUUCACACUCAGAUCGCGCUUAGAAUUUCCUAGUUUUAUCAAUGUCUUCAUUCUCAAUUCCAACCCCGUCAGGGUCAUCUGCGAUCCCAAUUGUUGCGCCUACUUCUGAAAAAGAGCCCCCCAAAAGUCCACCUUCCUCAAAAAAUUUAACAGCAAACUCCAAAACGCGAACUUGUAGGAAUUUAAUUAUACAUGGAUAUUGUAAAUAUGAGGGGAAAGGUUGUGAGUUCAAUCACGACUUAGGAAAAUCGACAUCGCCUCCAAACAGUCCAGAAACUAACAAAUCGAAACUAAGCGUUAAUUCUCCAGUUUUUAAACCUUCCGUAUUACUUUCAUCUAUUCCACCAGAAGUAGUGAAUGCGCCACCUUUUGUUCCUAAAAGCACUCAAGUAAAUACUCCUGAAGAAAUUUCCGUCACUCCUACAAGCACAACAGGUUCACCUCAGCAGAAACAUUAUUAUGAUUCUGGAGAGCAAGAAUAUGAUAAUGAAAUGACAUUAUACGAACAGACUUUGGGAUUUUAUCCUCCCGUACCUCCUCCAACCCCCUUUCUCUUGUCGCCUGGAGGUGUCGCAAAUCAUGGUUUAAAUGCACUUGCCAAUUCGUUUGCCUCACUAGGACUUAACAAUGCGACAAAUUUUGCAUCUAAUGAAAAUUCUUUAUCAGAAGUUCCGUCACAUAUGAAUAAUACGAGCUAUUUUACGACUUCACACCAUUUGGAUCCAUUUUUAUAUCAAUCCCAGCAGGCUUUAUUGCCUCAGCCAUUGCAAUACCACCUAUAUACAUCACCCCUACCGCAUGUAUCCAAUUUACAUCCACAUCAGAAGACAAUUCAUGCAUUUUUUAUGUUGGAUCAUUUACGUGAAGAAUUGCAACGAAAGAAUGAAUCUACUUUGAAAACCGUGAAUGCAAAAGAUUUUAAUUUACCGGAAGAGCUUCAUGUAUAUCAUUCCCUGUAUCCACUUGACCAACGCCAAGAGAAAUCAAUAAAGAUUUUUGGAUAUCCAAGUUGGGUAUAUAAAUCAGUUUGUAGUGUUGAUGGUCGUGUUUAUUGCUUAAGACGCAUUGAGGGUUUUCGGUUAACGAACGAAAUAGCAAUGUCAACAAUAGAAAAUUGGCGACGAAUCAGGCACGCAAAUAUUGUUUCUAUACGUGAAGCAUUUACCACUAAGGCAUUUGGUGAUCAUUCUCUUGUCUUUGUAUAUGAUUAUCAUCCUUUAUCACAGACUCUUUUCGAUAAACAUUUUUCAUCAUCGUCAUUGCAAGCUAAUAAUCUUCCUCAGAGUGGUGGUACUGGCGUUGUUGUUCCUGAAACAGUUUUAUGGAGUUAUAUAACACAGUUGGCUUCUGCAAUUAAAACGAUACACUCUUCGGGAUUGGCAGCGCGAAUGAUUGAACCUACAAAAAUUUUAUCGACCAAUAAAAAUAGAAUACGAAUAAAUUGUUGUGGUAUAAUGGAUAUGUUGACUUUUGAUGGCGGAAAAAAUAUCCACCAUUUUCAGCAAGAAGAUCUUAUACAUUUUGGACAAUUGAUUAUUUCGCUCGCAUGUAAUUCACUUUCGUCCGUUCUUAACUUACCGAAAUCAAUUGAUUAUAUUUCUCGACAUUAUUCGCCGGAUUUUAAGAAUGUUAUAUUAUACUUAUUAAAUAAACCAACUCCAACAAAGUCUGUGGAUAAAGUUAUAGCUAUGAUUGGACCUCGAAUAUUACACGAAAUCAAUAGCGUUCAUCAUUAUAAUGACUUUUUGGAAAGUGAAUUAAGUCAAGAAUUGGAAAAUGGAAGAUUAGUAAGAUUGCUGUGUAAAUUUGGAUUCAUUAAUGAACGCCCAGAGUUUGAUAUGGACCCGAGUUGGUCAGAGACCGGAGAUAGAUAUUUAAUUAAAUUAUUCAGAGAUUAUGUAUUUCAUCAAGUAGAUGAAAAUGGUUAUCCCGUAGUUGAUAUGGCUCAUGUAUUAAUGUGUUUAAAUAAGUUAGAUGCUGGUGUUGAUGAAAGAAUAAUGUUAGUUUCAAGGGAUGAACAAUCAUGUUUAAUCGUAUCUUAUAAAGAGAUAAAAAACUGUAUUGAUUCAGCAUUUAGAGAUUUAUCAAGGAGGAAAUGACAUUUUUUAAUAAUUUUGAAAAAAAUAACUUAUAUGAAUUUUUAUUUCAUAAAAUAUGUCUCUUAUUUUAAUAUUUAUUCAAUAUCAUGUAACACUUAAUUUGAUAAUCGAAAAAUCUUUUAAACAAUUCAUUCCU